AUGAAGGCCUUCUUCUUCCUCGCCCUCCUGGCCCCUGUCUUCGCCAUGCCAGCAAACCAAGGCUGCAACGCCGGACAAGCCUCCGCAGUUACCGGCGGCGCCGCCGCCGGCAACGCCACCUGCGCAAUGACAAAAGCCCAUCUCGAAAAAGGCAUCAAAGCCAACCUCAAAAUCCAAGCCCAGGAGCUGCAAGGCAUCCAAACCCUCCAAGCCCAACUCGACACCCCCGACUUCAACGCCACUCAAACCAAAGUCCUUGACAUCCAAACACGCGGCAUCGAGAUCCGCGCCAAGAACCAGAAACUCGCCAAGGAUAUCUCCAGCCCGGCGCUCGAUGGCCUUAAUAUCGUCGAGGGCGCACAGGUUAAGGAGAAGGACCAGGUCACGGGGCUGAAGGGCCAGGCGGCGGCGGAUAAGGAUACGCUGGAUACGCUUGUCAAGGAGGUUAUGGAUGGAACGGCGCAGAAUAAGAAGAACCUUGAUGCGGCGAAGAGUCAGAAGUGUUAG